AAAAGCUUAUGCAGUAAGAUCUCUUAUCAAAACUUUGACCAGAUGAAUUUCAGUUUGGUAUAAAAUCAAAUCAGUUUCAGCUGAAAAAUGAAUACAUAUAGAAGUAAUAGGCCCAUGAUAGUGGUGUAUUAAAUAAUAUUUUAUCCAUGAAUCAAGUCCAGUUAAAUAUAUAUUUCAUCGUAAUCAUUAAUCAGUUAGUUAUCUAUUGUGGAGACAAAGUUCAUGUAUUUGUUGAAACAGAUUGCCUAGCUCUCCAAGGACAAUUUAGCAUUUCAAGGUGGAAACAAAAUUACCAAGCACUAAUUCAAAGUCCAUUCUGCACGAAAAAGAUAGCAUUCCCAAGAAAAGAGGAAAAAAAUAAUCAAAAGAUUCCACAGGAAAGAUUGUUGAUCCGAAUGUUUAACGAUCCCAAAUUAACCAUUUCCUUAUUUGCUUGUAUUUGUUUUACGUCAGAGUCUCGCUGACUCAAAUUCCAGCUAAUUCCCUCCCUUUUAUUUGCUGUGUCCUCUUGAAACCUUGAUUACAAAAACAGUUUAUAUGGCCUCUACAAUCACUGCCGAAUACGUGAGGAACAUCUCAUAAACACCUCUCCGGUUGUUGGAGAGAGGAUGUACGUCGUGUGCCAUGCGGGAUCGCAGCUUCGAACUUUAAUCCGGAUCCCCCUACGAUUAAUAGCAACGUUUCCUGGUUCGAGACACCUAAUUAAGAUACAGCGAGGGAACUUUAACGAGGGAAUAAAAUAGAGAAGACCUUCAGCGUCCUGUGAAUCACUCCUACAAUAAUAAGUCACCUGACUUUUCUCCCAGAGAAAAGAGAAACAUUUCACACUCAAAUCUUCUUCUAUCUAUAGAUUUGAUUGCCCCCCUCCCCUGACUCCUACGGAGGCGACACACUGCAACCGCACUCGCUAAUUAGUCCAUUCAUUGAGGGGAAGGUAUCUGUUUGGCAUUCAUGUGCAGUAAAUCGAGACUGAUAAGAACGAUUCCGAGAGCUAGCCUGGAAAUUUUUUAUCAGGGUGUGUAAUAGCAUAUUAGGCUUCUGUCCUAAAUGACGAUACUACAGAGGAAUCACAGAGUACUCUUGAUUUCGGACGAGGAAAGAAACUGAUGCAGCAGAAAGACCUUUUGUUGAAGUUUUGCAUAAAGUUGGACAAUUUGUGAUACUUAUACAAGCAGAUAGUAUGGUGUUCCGGUAACAUAUACAGACAGGAAGAGCACUGUGUCAUAUAUGCCACAGUUUCACAUGCUUGUGACUGUAUAUUCUGGUCGAUGCACGUGUUUGUUUGAAAGACCUCAUUUUCAUACGAACUGCACCAUUGUCAUGGAAACCUGGAGAGCGGCCAACUGAAUAGUUGCAUCACGUGUUGGAGAAUCGCUCCUGGCCUGGCUGCUGUACUCUUUUUUGCAACCAAUUAUUCUUUAAUAAUGAGGAUUAAACCUGUAUGGACAUUUGAUGUAGCUUCUGUUAGAUGACCAUUUCCUGGGAUUUAGUGAGGAAUAAUUAGCCAACUUGUCCAGCUUGGAUAUAGCACUUACUGCCAAUACUUGUUCAGGAAAGGCUGCACAUGUUGCUUGGAAACUUUUUUUUGGAGUGCCGUCAUGUUACUCGAGAGACAGGUGUAUUGACUAAUGUCGGACUUCUUAAAUGAAUGAGAUAUUUGAGAGCUUUUUGGACAUUGCUUAUUUAUAGUACACAAGUUUUUGUAAAUGUGGCUAACUCUUUUCAUGAUUGGUCUGCUGUGUUGCUCAUGCAAGUACUGACGGGGGUCAUCAUCAUUCCCAAUUAUGGUGUAAUAUAAACGUAGGUGUUUGCCAGUAGACUUUAUAUUUAGAUAUUUCAUUUUGGCUGAGGGUCCAAAUUGGCCUACAUGGCUUUUCCGAGCUUUAUUCAUCUCUCCAGCACAGUAAAUCAUUCCCUCAGAAUCAUGUUUGGAUGAAACACACAUGUAUGUAUUACUAUUGUCAGCACCUUGCAUCUAGUGGACAUCGGUACUUCUGUAGCAUAUUACAUGAAACAGGAAUAAUAUAAAUAUUUUAAAACCUUAUUUCUUCAAAUGUUACAUGUAGCUGUGGUGAAAAACUCCACAAAAUAUUAGCACUUCUUCAUCACAUACCUAUUGGGAUUGUGUCUCGUUGUUUCUUAUAUGGUGCAUUUGCAUACUUGCGUGUUGUACAUGUAGGUGUUAGCAUAAAGUUGCUUCUUAUUUAAUACAUGCACAAGGGAUUUGACAAAGGCAACUCAAGGAUUCCGGAUAUAGGAAGGUAAAGGAUAUUCCCAAAGCUUAUUGAAAGUCAUUACUCAGUCACUGGCAUCUGGGUGUACAGGAGAGGUCACAAAUUGGAGGAUUUGGACUACAUGAAUGUGCAAGUCUGGACUGCUCAUCGGAGGGAAUAAAUCUGAAAUAGAUGUGGACCAAAACUGAUCUAAAUCUGAAAUAAAUAGUUGGACCAUGUAAUAACUAAGAUCUGGACUUUACAUCUGCAUGUGACUAAGGAUCAAACCUGAACUGAACCUGGACCUAACGUGGACUAUAUCUGGACUUAAUCUGGACUACAUCUGCAGGAAAUUGAGGAUCAAACCUGAACUGAACCUGGACUUAACGUGGACUAUAUCUGGACUUAAUCUAGACUACAUCUGCGGGAGACUGAGGAUCGAACCUGAACUGAACCUGGACUUAACGUGGACUAUAUCUGGCCUAUAUCUUGAAUAAAUCUGGACUAGAUCUGGAGUACCGGUAGUUCUGGACUAGAUCUGGAGUAGAUCUGAACUAAUCCGGAUUAGACCCGAACCAAGUCUGGACUAGAUGUUGGAGACUCUGUUUCAGAAAUGGCUCACUUGUGGGAGCGAGGAGAAAAGGAAUACCAUGAUGGGGCUCUGGUAUGAGAACCACAGUGAGAAAGACCCAGCCAUAGACAGUAGAUGGACGUUACCUCGGAUGAAGAGCUAUGACAGAGCCGUCUUUGACAUGCUCAGAGUCCAACCUGAGGAGUUUGCGACUCAAAUCACUUUGUUGGAUAUACCAGCAUUCAAAGCAAUCACAUCAGAGGAGCUUAGUAGCUGUGCAUGGUCGGGAAAGUCCAAAAAUAACCUUUGUCCAAACAUUGUUGCCUUCUCAAAAAGAUUUAAUCAGGUGAGUUUCUGGGUCGUCCAUGAAGUCCUCAUAACACAGAUGACCAAGGCCAGAGCAGAGGUCAUAGGUCAUUUCAUCAAAGUAGCAAAGAAACUGUUUGAUAUCAACAAUCUUCAUGCGACAAUGGCGAUCAUCUCAGCGUUACACAGUGCAUCUAUCUUUAGGUUAACCAAAACGUGGAAUCUGGUUCAUAAAAAGGAAAGAGCGACGUGUGAGAAGCUCUCUGAGCUGAUGACGGAAGAUGAUAACAGACAGAGGUUAAGAGAAUACAUGGACGUAGUCAGGUUACCUUGUAUACCAUACCUAGGAAUGUAUCUACAAGAUCUGAUCUACAUCGAUGUUGCACAUCCGAGUACAGGAGGCAUUGAGAGUAAUAGUAGAUCAACAAAAAUGAACAACAUCUUGAGAGCAAUAUCCGAGUUCCAACAGUCUCAGUACGACUUAGAAAACUUGCCAUACGUCCAGAAGUACCUUCUCUCAGUGAGGUAUAUUGAAGAGCUGCAGAAGUUUGUGGAGGAAGACAACUACAAACUUUCAUUACAACUGGAACCUACAGUGCUAUCAAAGUCAAAAGACGACCUUGACCAAACAGAAGUCCAGACGGUUUCCCUAUUUUGUACUCCUCCUGUUCUCAAUCUAUCUAAUUCAUCAGACAGCGGGGGAGGAGGAGGCGUGAAGACGAGUUCGAUAGGCAAGUCAACCCCAUCCACGCCAGUCAUCUCAUCAAAGUUUGUACCCGGCCAUCGGAAAACAAAAAGCUUAGGCGCAAAUGUUCCAAACCACUUAGCACCUGCAGAACCUCUUAGCUUUCCCAACACAAAUUUCGGCAAUGGUCCCAGACACCUCCUGGAUGACAGUCUGUUAGAGGAGACGACGUCAUCGAUAAGACCCUCCGUAUCAAGCUCGAUAGAAGGUAAAUCAAUGGAAGGAAGCAGUGAAGGGUCAGAGUUCAGUGAUGACCAGGAUGUCUGGUUAAAUAACGGGAGUGUUACGGAGAGCUGUGAGGAUCUAGUUUCCAGUAUCAUCGACAUCCCUCAGAACUUAUUUACAUUAAAUGCUUGCCUGAAGAGGAAACCGAUUAGGAAAGCCGGCCGUAAGCUAUCGGUGACGUCUUGGACGAGAUUCUGGGUGGGUCUAUGGGGCACCAACCUGGUCCACUACGCAGCCAAGUCCUUCAACUCAAUAGAGAGAGCACACUUCAAAUCCAAGCCUUGCAAGGUGUUUUCCAUCUCAGACUGGAUGGUUUCCAUGCCCGAAACCAAACACAGUAACGUCAUAUUAUUAACAGAUCCAAAUACAGGUAACAGCUACAAGUACAAAGCACAGAGCUACUCGGUGGCUUGUGCGUGGGUCAGGAAUCUUGACGAAGCUACAAAGAAAAAGAGAGGACCAAAGACGCCUGCUAACCUGAUGAGCUUUGAGUGAUUCUCUAAUCGUGACUGGUCCGUGACGUCAACAUGCGACGGCUCGUUUAUCGUCAUGACAACCAACCUAUGGUGCUUCCAUUUGUCUGCCAUGGUACUAUACAGUAGUAGUCUGGAGCAGCUCUCUAUAUGUGAUGUGUGUGUGAGUUCCUAGUCUAAAUAGUGUGAAGUUCCUGGUCCGAUCUCUUGGACCAGGACUCUUGUACUUCAACCUCAUUUAUGGUGUGUUUGAUAAUAGCUCCAGGACCUGAGUAGGAAUUGAUAUGUCCUAGUCUCGGUCCUGGCCUAUAUCAGUCUAUUUGCAUGUUACUUGUGUAAGGUCUUUUUAUAAUAGUUCUGGUAUUUAUAAUUCUAUUGACAUACCCUGUAUGUUUCAAAUAAUGUCAGUUUUUGCAGUAGUGCUGGUCCUUAUAAGUCAAAUUUCCCUACACGUGGUAUGUUUCAAGUUUGGUUAGUUUUUGCAUUAAUUCUGGUCCUUAUUAGUCUAUUGCAUACAUUAUAUGUUUUAGGUUUGGUCAGUUUUUGCAGUAGUACUGGUCCUUAAUAUUCAAAUUUAUGUACACCCUGUAUGUUUCCAUAGCCGUCUUUAAUAACUUAUUUUCAAUCUCAUCUUUAUUUGUCACAUAUUCAUAUGUAAUACUUUGCUAUAAAACAGCCAACUGGACUUUCUUUUCACGAAAUUGUAAUAAGUACAGUACAAGUUUUUCUAAUAUCACAUUGAUAUGCAAGUAUAUUUUAUAGAAUGCAUUUUAAUGAGGUAUCAGCUAGACUUGUACCCAAGACGGUUUCGUGAGAAGCUGCCCUGGCUUAACUUUGUUGAAACUUGUGACAUUGCAUGUCUCUCUGGAUGGUUAAUGGCUUUUGAUGGAGCUCAGGCUCCUUAAAGUAAAAUCAAAAUGUUCAUUGUGAAUAGUUGCAAGCUGAAGCAAAUUCAGCCUGUUAGAACUUGUUUAUAAAAAGAUAUUGGUAGUAAUUCUACAAAAUGAAUAACAUGCAAAGACACACAUACAUGUGGUACAUAACUUUGUGGCAUUUAGCAUCCAAUUCCUGGUAUCAUAUAAACUUUAUAUUGUAAUGUUCAUUAAACCAGUGCUUCAAAUUAAUUUCUAUUAUCAAAUACUGUAUUAAGAAUCAUUCUCUUUUGGGCCAUUUUUAGAAUCAUUCAGUAAACCUUACAAAAUAAUCCUUUGUAGUUACCUUUCUGGUUGUUUCUAGUGUAUGCAGGGAUCAAUAUUUAUUUUCACUUUAUCUGCUGUAUGAAUUUACUUCAUUUGACAAAAGUACAAUGCCUUCCAUUUCAUGAUGGGAGUAAAGAUACUUAAUUAACUAAAUAUUUAUUUAUAUUACCAUUGGGCCUAUUUUUGCUGUACAACUCAAACAGUUUUGCUGUGGAAGCGUAAAUGUGUUCCUGAAAUUACCUACAGUUGAUUUUGUUUGGUUAGUAAAUCACAAAAAUACUUUAAAUUGGAAAAGGGAAUGUGUAUAUGGUAAUAAUGAGUACAGAUACUUUAUUUCCCUCUUUUUAUAAGGUCUAUCCACUUAUGCCACUGUAAACCACCACAUUUUGGGGGUCUAUUACUGGUGAAUAAAAAGGGGAGUGGGGAUUGAAAAACGAUCCUACAUGUACUCACUAAGAUUAUAAGAUACAAAAAUGUGAAGAAGAAGAUAUGAGAGCAUAUCGUCUCUUGAAAGGCAGAAGGGCGUUACGUUAUAUCUUUUAACACUGAGUUAAUGCCCUUCUGGCUCCAAACAGACCCCAUGACCUCGCCCAGGCAGUUGCUGAAGACUGGGGGGGGGGGGGGGCUUUUCACAUAACUUGUCA